CCCCCUACACUCACUUAUAGAUACUUAUGCCAAAGAAUUUCACUUCAUUUUUGAAAACCUCGGAUACACUUGGGAAAGCUAGCUAUCAGCAUGGAGAAAAUGAAGCCCUCAAGAUGCUCUGUGGUCGGCUGCACAAGUCAGCACAAAUCUGUACAUAAUGUCCCAGACUCAGAAGAGACAAGAGUGAAAUGGAUUGAAUUCAUAUUUAAUGGUAAUGUUCCGGAAAGAAUUGGCAAAAGUCUGUUGGUGUGCGCAAGCCAUUUUGAAUUGGACUGUUUUACCAAUUUGGGCCAAUAUAACGCUGGACUGGCAACAAGAUUGACCUUGCAAGCGGGAUCGGUACCAUCUAUUCGUCGCAGUACAGACGAGGCAAUUGAAAGCACAUCUAGGGUACGUCAUGUCGCCUGCCAAACGGAUUCACCAAAGAUGUGCACAGUUGGCACGCAGCUUUCUGUGAAAACACUGCGACCUCACUACAAAAGUACAGGCACACAGAAAACUGUGCCCUGCACUGAUGUCGGUGUUGGAACCUCAGCUGUGGCCUUCAAAGCAUCACAGCCAUUCCUAACGUCGACACCAGUAAAGAGGCCAAGUAAGAGACCUCGCUUGGAGGAGGAAGAGGACAACCCUUUUGAGGGAAGUUCAAGUAUGGACUUCGGAGAACCACAGGAUUCUAGCUAUGAUCCCGAUGACUCAGUCACAGUCUUGACUGAAUCAGCAGAUGAGACAAUGGAAUCUUCCAACCCUGUUCAUAAGACACCCACAUAUAUUGUCUAUGAAAACUGCCUCCUGGAGCUGUUUGAGGUGUGCCCUGUGUGUCGGCGGGUGACAGAUGUGCAAACAAGAAGGGUUGGGACAUUCCUCUCUGUAGAACAGAAGUGCCCACACUGUCAGUUCUACAGAAAAUGGAAUAGUCAGCCUCUUCUUGGUAGCACUCCUGUUGGGAACAUCCAACUGUCAGCUGCAGUGUAUGCCACUGGUGCAUCUUUCUUCAAACUGGAGAAGGUAAUUGUUAAUUGACUUUACCUUAAUUCACAACAUAAUUCACUUGUAGUAAUUAAUUGAACAUGGAAUAUUAUCAUCUGAAUUUUCUGGAGUGAGAUUAUAUAUAUAUAUAUAUGUGUUCAUUUGUAUCUACACACAAUCCCAAAAGCAGUACUAAAGAGUCCUGUGUCUUUUUUGACCUCAGAUAUUCUG